AUGAAAAAGUUUUUGGGAAACAUCAAGAAGAAGAGUGGCAGUCCCGAACGAAAUGGAAGCCUGACUCAGGUUCUGCCAGAGGGUGACGCGCCGGAAGCUGUCGUUGUUCGGGAAGUGACGGCAUUCUGUGAAUCAGGCGCUCCCAAUUCUGAAGCUCCAGGCGAAGAAUACCUCCAUCUACCAGCGAUUGUCGAUGCCGCCGAGUCGAGUCCCAUAGCUGCAAAGGAGGCUGCCAUGACCAUCCGUCGCUACUUAUCCAAAGAACACUACCAGCGGGGAUUUGCGCAAUACAAUGCCGUCAUGCUCAUGCGCAUCUUGACCGACAAUCCUGCACACGUUUUCACACAAAACUUUGAUGCGAAAUUCGUGUCUACCGUAAAAGAAUUACUGCGCGAUGGAAGAGAUACCAGUGUUCAGCAGAUUUUGAGGGAAACACUGGACUAUUUCGAGGCUGAGAAGGCUCCUGGAAAUGACACGCUGGGACCCUUGGUUGAGAUGUGGAGGAAAGAGAAAGGAAGGCGGAACACAAUUCGCUAUUCGGUAGGUUGGGGCUCUUUGGAAGCCGUUAGCUCUGAUCAUCACACUGAACACCAGCAACAGCACCGUGGUCCUCCUGGAUUUGCGGGCCAAUACCAACAACAGCCAAGCCGAAGACGUGAUGUCCUCCCACCCCCAGAGGAAUUAGCCUCGCGGAUAGAAGAAGCAAAGACUACUGCUCGACUUCUCGUCCAGACUGUCCAGUCGACGACUCAAGCGGAAUUGCUGGCCAAUGAUUUGGUCCAGGAGUUCGCGGACAGGGCACGGACAACACAGAGGAGCAUUCAAAGUUUUAUGAAUUGCCAAAAUCCGACACCAGAUCCAGACACCAUGCUCACGUUGAUCGAGACGAAUGACCAGCUGAAUAUCGCCAUGUCGAAACACCAGAGAGCGGUGCUCCAGGCCAGGAAAUCUACAUCUAGUCCUCAACCCCCGACGGAAUCCACGCAGAGCCCGAUCUCAGUGCCGCAGCACAACCUAGGUCAGAAUGUCUAUGCGUCUGCUGGCCAGACUGACCACGGAUCGUUCUCAGCAUCGCCACCUCGUCGACAGUAUACACUCCCGAGCCCCAUUAGUCCCUUACGAAGAGAGGAACAAUUUUCUCCUCCGCCAGGACCGCCCCCAGCCGCGCGAGGAGCGGUAAGAAAUCAGUCCCCCACCACCAACUACGAGUACUCGAAUGCAUAUUCUGCUCCUGAACAACCACCUCCGGUACCGACCCGAGUUCGUCCGCAGUCUCAGGCUUAUGCUUCCACCGCCGCAUACGGGGUCGCCGAGAAUCCAUUUUCAGACGAUGAGUACGGUGAUGGAUCGGAGCAGCCGAAGAGAUCAAAUCCAUUGUUCGACCGGAGUGAAAACACGCCUUCACCGAGGCCGCAGCAAGUGGCAGGUAAUCAAUACGCCAGCGAAUUGAGCGCCGAGCAUCACGCACCAGCGUCUUACAACACGAACUAUCAGUCAUCACAGACGUAUCCAAGUCAGACCGCUCCACACCAGUCAAAUGUCGGAUAUGGGAGUUAUCCAGUGAGUCCGAUUGAUGAUACACAAGAAGUUGGACGAAGAGUGAAUGAUUUGCAUAUUUGA